AUGGCGUCUUCGACCCCUUCUUCGUCCGCAACCUCCUCGAACGCGGGAGCGGAUCCCAAUACUACCAACCUGCGCCCCACAACGUAUGACACCUGGUGCGGUGUGGCCCAUGGAUGCACCAGAAAACUGGGGCUCAAGAUCUGCGGCUUUUUGCAAAGGACCAACAGCCUGGAAGAGAAGAGCCGGCUUGUGAGCGCUUUCAAGGAGAGGCAGUCCUCCAAGAACCUGAUUUCCUGUGAAAAUAGUGACAGGGAUGGCCGCUUCCGGCGUACGGAGACCGACUUCUCUAACCUGUUUGCUCGAGAUCUGCUUCCAGCUAAGAACGGGGAGGAGCAAACUGUGCAGUUCCUCCUGGAGGUGGUGGACAUACUUCUCAACUAUGUCCGCAAGACGUUCGAUCGCUCCACCAAGGUGCUGGACUUCCAUCACCCACACCAGCUGCUGGAAGGCAUGGAGGGCUUCAACUUGGAGCUCUCCGACCACCCCGAGUCCCUGGAGCAGAUCCUGGUUGACUGCAGAGACACCCUGAAGUAUGGGGUCCGCACAGGUCAUCCUCGAUUUUUCAACCAGCUUUCCACUGGACUGGAUAUCAUUGGUUUAGCUGGAGAAUGGCUAACAUCAACCGCCAAUACCAACAUGUUUACAUAUGAAAUUGCUCCAGUGUUUGUCCUCAUGGAGCAAAUAACACUUAAGAAGAUGAGAGAGAUAGUUGGAUGGUCAAAUAAAGAUGGUGAUGGGAUAUUUUCUCCUGGGGGAGCCAUAUCCAACAUGUACAGCAUCAUGGCUGCUCGCUACAAGUACUUCCCGGAAGUUAAGACAAAGGGCAUGGCGGCCGUACCCAAACUGGUCCUCUUCACCUCAGAACAUAGUCACUAUUCCAUAAAGAAGGCUGGAGCUGCACUUGGCUUUGGAACGGACAACGUGAUUUUGAUAAAGUGCAGUGAAAGGUAGGCAGGGGAGAUUCUACUUCCUUUGGAAAGGAGAAUGGUUAAAAAGACUAACCAUCUCGUAUCUCUUGCCUUAUAGGGAUAUGUUCCUCUUUAUGUCAAUGCAACUGCUGGCACGACUGUUUAUGGAGCCUUUGAUCCGAUACAGGAGAUUGCAGAUAUAUGUGAGAAAUAUAACCUUUGGCUGCAUGUCGAUGCUGCCUGGGGUGGUGGGCUGCUCAUGUCCCGGAAGCACCGCCAUAAACUCAGUGGCAUAGAAAGAGCCAACUCAGUCACCUGGAACCCUCACAAGAUGAUGGGCGUGCUGUUGCAGUGCUCUGCCAUUCUCGUCAAGGAAAAGGGGAUACUCCAAGGAUGCAACCAGAUGUGUGCAGGAUACCUCUUCCAGCCAGACAAGCAAUAUGAUGUCUCCUAUGACACUGGGGACAAGGCAAUUCAGUGUGGCCGCCACGUGGACAUUUUCAAGUUCUGGCUGAUGUGGAAAGCAAAGGGCACAGUGGGAUUUGAAAAUCAGGUCAACAAAUGCUUGGAACUGGCUGAAUACCUCUAUACCAAGAUUAAAAACAGAGAAGAAUUUGAGAUGGUUUUUAAUGGUGAGCCUGAGCAUACCAACGUCUGUUUCUGGUAUAUUCCACAAAGCCUCAGGGGAGUGCCGGAUAGCCCUGAGCGCCGGGAAAAACUACACAGGGUGGCUCCAAAAAUCAAAGCCCUGAUGAUGGAGUCUGGCACAACCAUGGUCGGUUACCAGCCUCAGGGAGAUAAGGCCAACUUCUUCCGGAUGGUCAUCUCGAACCCAGCCGCUACCCAGUCUGACAUCGACUUCCUCAUUGAGGAGAUAGAAAGACUGGGCCAGGAUCUGUAA